GGAGAAGACGGAUUUCCCGGAUUCAAGGGUGACAUGGGCCACAAGGGCAACAGGGGUGACGUGGGGCCGCUGGGGCCGCGGGGGGAGGACGGCCCCGAGGGGCUGAAGGGCCAGCUGGGCCCCGUGGGGGAGGCGGGCGCCUCCGGCCUGGCGGGGGAGAAGGGCAAGCUGGGCAUGCCAGGCCUGCCGGGCUACCCGGGGCGCCAGGGCCCCAAGGGCUCUGCCGGCUUCCCGGGCCCCCUGGGGCUCGCCGGGGAGAAAGGAAAGAGGGGCAAGGCUGGACAGGCCGGGCAGGCGGGAGAGCGUGGACCUCCGGGCCUGCCAGGGGAGCGAGGCCAGAUGGGGCCGACGGGGAAGCCGGGCCCGAAGGUACCUCAGGCCAUGACGGGGCCCCCGGAGCCGGGGGGGGAGAAGGGCCCCCAGGGGUCGCAGGGCCCCAACGGUUUCCGAGGCCCGAAGGGGCCGCCCGGCCCGGGCGGGAAGGACGGGCUGCCCGGACACCCAGGACAGCGCGGGGAGCCGGGAUACCAUGGCAAGACCGGCCCCCCCGGCCCCACGGGGGUGGUGGGACCCCAGGGUAGCUCGGGUGAGACGGGCCCCAUUGGAGAGCGGGGGCAUCCGGGCCCCCCUGGCCCCCCUGGGGAGCAGGGGCUGCCAGGGGCUGCCGGCCGGGAAGGGGCCAAGGGCGACCCUGGCUCGUCUGGCCUGCCUGGGAAGAGCGGCCCCCCGGGAAUCCCUGGCUUUCCUGGCGCCAGGGCCGCGCCCGGCGAGGCGGGGCCAGCUGGCCUGAAGGGCAGGGAGGGGCCUCCUGGGCCCCCGGGCCCCACAGGCUCCCCCGGCGAGCGAGGCCCCUCGGGGGCAGCUGGAGGCAUCGGGCUGCCAGGCCAUGGGGGGGAGCAGGGCCCCCCCGGUCCCGCUGGAGAGAAGGGCGCCCCGGGCGAGAGGGGCCCGAUGGGCCCUGCUGGGCGUGAUGGGAUUCAGGGGCCCAGGGGCCUGCCAGGCCCAGCCGGACCCCCGGGCCCUGCGGGCGAGGAUGGCGACAAGGGGGAGCUGGGGGGCCCCGGACAGAAGGGGAGCAAGGGGGACAAGGGCGAGGCGGGCCCACCAGGACCGACCGGUAUCCAGGGACCCAUCGGGCACCCCGGCUCCGCGGGAGUGGACGGAGAGCCUGGCCGCCGUGGGCAGCAGGGGAUGUUUGGCCAGAAGGGAGACGAGGGAGCGCGGGGAUUCCUUGGCUUGAGCGGCCCUGUCGGACUGCAGGGCAUGCCGGGCCCACAGGGUGAGAAGGGUGAGACCGGAGAUGUCGGCCCCAUGGGCCCCCCCGGUGCUGCGGGGCCACGUGGGGCACAGGGACCUGCCGGCGGCGAUGGCCCCCAGGGGAUGCCAGGUGGAACGGGUCAGCCGGGCGCCGUCGGGGACAAGGGGGAGCCGGGCGAGGCGGGAGACCCCGGGGCCCCAGGGGAGCCGGGCCGGCCGGGUAUGAAUGGGGAGCUGGGGGAGAAGGGGGAUUCCGGGCUGUCGGGCGCUGCUGGGGCCCCGGGCAAGAGGGGGCCCCCAGGAGAUGACGGAGCCAAAGGCAACCUGGGCCCCAUCGGCUUCCCUGGCGACCCAGGCCCCCCUGGAGACCCCGGGGUGCCGGGCCUGGACGGAGCCCCCGGGGAGAAGGGUGACGGCGGGGACCCAGGCAUGCCGGGCCCGGCAGGCGCUUCUGGAGAACCGGGUCCCCCCGGUCCCCCAGGGAAGAGGGGUGCGGUGGGGCCAGCUGGGCGCGAGGGUCGGCCGGGUGAGAAGGGCGCCAAGGGCGAGCCGGGCACCGAGGGGCCUCCCGGGAAGAUGGGCCCCGUGGGAGUGCAGGGCCCCCCCGGCCGGCCUGGCUCAGAAGGUCUGCGUGGGAUCCCCGGUGCAGCCGGGGAGCAUGGCCUGCUGGGGGCCCCGGGGCAGGCAGGGCCGCCGGGCCCCACGGGUCCCACAGGUUUGCCCGGCCUCAAGGGAGACCCCGGCUACAAGGGUGACAAGGGUCACGCAGGGCUCAUCGGACUCAUCGGCCCCCCAGGGGAGAUGGGGGAGAAGGGCGACCAGGGGCUGCCUGGCAACCAGGGGGUCCCAGGGCCCAAAGGAGACCCUGGCUUGGCUGGCCCCAUUGGCCCCCCGGGCCCUCCUGGAUCCCCUGGGCUCGCGGGGCCGCUGGGCCAGAAGGGCUCCAAGGGGUCGCCGGGAGCCCUGGGCCCCAGAGGAGACACAGGACCCCCUGGACCCCCAGGGCCACCGGGCCGCCCGGCGGAGCUGCGGGAGCCGCUGCCCGUGGAGGGGGUCCGGAAGAGGCGCCGGGAGGCGGAGGGGGAGCAGGGGGACCAGGCGGAGCCCCCCGACUCCGUGCCCGAGGGGCUGGAGGAGGUGUUCGCCUCGCUCAGCUCCCUGCGCACUGAGGUCGAGCAGCUGAGACGCCCCCUGGGGACCCCCGAGAGCCCAGCCCAUGUCUGCAAGGAGCUGCAGCUGUGUCACCCCCACUUCCCCGAUGGCGAGUACUGGAUCGACCCCAACCAGGGCUGCGCCCGAGACGCCUUCAAGGUUUUCUGCAACUUCACAGCGGGCGGCGAGACCUGCCUGUUCCCAGACAAGAGAUUCCAGAGUGUGCGACUGGCUGCCUGGAGCAAGGAGAAGCCGGGGAGCUGGUUCAGCAGUUUCAGGAGGGGCAGGAAGUUCUCCUACGUGGACGCGGACGGGAACCCGCUGGGUGUGACCCAACUGACCUUCCUGCGGCUGCUGAGUGCCGGCGCCCGCCAGAACUUCACGCUCAGCUGCCAGGACUCGGCCGCCUGGUUCCACGCCGGGGCCGCCAGCUACGCCCAGGCCCUGCGCUUCCGGGGGGCCGACGGCCAGGAGCUGGGGCACGACCACCCCGCGGCCCCCAUCCGCGCCCUGCACGACGGCUGCCAGCUGCGCCAGGGCCAGGCACGCACGGUGCUGGAGGUGAGAUCGUCCCGCCCGGAGCCGCUGCCCCUGGCCGACGUGGCCGUGCCGGACUUCGGAGCCGCCAACCAGAAAUUUGGCUUCGAGCUGGGACCCGUCUGCUUCAUGGGCUGAGGGCACCGGACGGAGUCCCCGAGGGACGCUCCCGGGGCCAGGCUGCCCCCCACCGGGCAGAGAUUUCUGGGGACCUGCUCCAGACUGCCGGGGGGGGCAGCUCCCAGGGCCAUGCUGCCCCCCCCACGGGCACCCCCUCCUCGCUG